AAGGGCGCCCAUGGAGCCGGGCUCGCCGGCUCGAACGACUGCUAUGGCGCCGCUCUUGGAAUAUGAGCGGCAGCUGGUGUUGGAACUGUUGGACGCCGACGGACUGGUAGUGUGCGCCCGCGGGCUCGGCGCGGACCGGCUCCUCUAUCACUUCCUCCGGCUGCACUGCCACCCGGCGUGCCUAGUGCUGGUGCUCAACACGCAGCCGGCCGAGGAGGAGUAUUUUAUCAAUCAGCUGAAGAUAGAAGGAGUUGAACAUCUCCCUCGCCGAGUAACAAAUGAAAUCACAAGUAGCAAUCGCUAUGAAGUAUACACACAAGGCGGUGUGAUAUUUGCAACAAGCAGAAUACUUGUAGUUGAUUUCCUGACUGAUAGAAUACCUUCAGAUUUAAUUACCGGCAUCUUGGUAUAUAGAGCUCACAGAAUAAUCGAGUCUUGUCAAGAAGCAUUCAUCUUGCGCCUCUUUCGACAGAAAAACAAACGUGGUUUUAUUAAAGCCUUCACAGACAACGCUGUUGCCUUUGACACCGGCUUUUGUCACGUGGAAAGAGUGAUGAGAAAUCUUUUUGUAAGGAAGCUGUAUCUGUGGCCAAGGUUCCAUGUAGCAGUAAACUCGUUUUUAGAACUGCAUAAACCCGAAGUCGUAGAAAUUCAUGUUUCUAUGACACCUGCCAUGCUUGCUAUACAGACUGCUAUUCUGGACAUUUUAAAUGCCUGUUUAAAGGAAUUAAAAUGCCAUAACCCGUCGCUUGAAGUUGAAGAUUUAUCUUUAGAAAAUGCUAUUGGAAAACCUUUUGACAAGACAAUUCGCCAUUACUUAGAUCCUUUGUGGCACCAGCUUGGAGCCAAGACUAAAUCCUUGGUUCAGGAUUUGAAGAUACUACGAACCCUGCUGCAGUAUCUCUCUCAGUAUGAUUGUAUCACAUUUCUUAAUCUUCUGGAAUCUCUCAGAGCAACAGAGAAGGCAUUCGGUCAGAAUUCAGGUUGGCUCUUUCUUGACUCCAGCACCUCAAUGUUUGUAAAUGCUCGAGCAAGGGUUUAUCAUGUUCCAGAUGCAAAAAUGACUAGAAAAAGCAAACUUCCUGAAAAACUGGAGAUUAAAGAAGAACAAGAAACAAAAAAAGAACUGGUCCUAGAAAGCAACCCAAAGUGGGCAGCACUCACAGAAGUUUUGAAGGAAAUUGAGGCAGAGAAUAAGGAGAGUGAAGUCCUUGGUGGUCCAGGACAAGUUCUCAUUUGCGCAAGUGAUGACAGGACGUGUUCCCAGCUGCGAGAGUACCUCACUGUCGGAGCAGAGGUCUUCUUGUUGAGACUCUAUAGAAAAACCUUUGAGAAGGACAGCAAAGCCGAAGAUGUAUGGAUGAGGUUAAGGAAGGAAGAUGACUCAAAGAGAAUCAUGAAAUCCAGCAAGAGGCCCAAAGACCUCCGAGACAAAGACAGGCCUCCUGCCAAAGAGAAGGCCCUGAGAAAGAAGAAACCAAGGAUGACUUUAACUCAGAUGGUAGGAAGAGCUGAAGCACUAGAGGGGGAGGCGGGUGUUGAGGAGGGCAGCCCAGGAGAGCUGACCAGUAGCCCGGAGAGCUGCACAGAAGACAUUAAGCACGAGGAGUUUGAUGUGAAUGUGUCCUCCGAUGCCGCCUACGGAAUCCUGAAAGACCCCCUCACCAUCAUCCACCCGCUCCUGGGCUGCAGUGAUCCCUACGCUCUGACACGCGUGCUCCACGAGGUGGAGCCGAGAUACGUGGUCUUGUAUGACGCAGAGCUGACCUUCGUGCGUCAGCUUGAAAUUUACAGGGCGACUCGGCCCGGGAAGCCUCUCAGGGUUUACUUUCUUAUAUACGGAGGUUCAACGGAGGAACAGCGCUAUCUCACUGCUUUGCGGAAAGAAAAGGAAGCUUUUGAAAAGCUCAUAAGGGAAAAGGCUAGCAUGGUCAUACCUGAAGAAAGAGAAGGCAGAGACGAAACGAACCUUGACCUUGUGAGAGGCUGCGUGUCUGCCUGUGCUCCCACCGACACGCGCAAAGCCGGCGGCCAAGAGCAGAACAGUACCCAGCAGAGCAUCGUUGUGGACAUGCGGGAGUUUCGAAGUGAGCUCCCCUCCCUGAUCCACCGCCGGGGCAUCGACAUCGAGCCAGUGACCCUGGAGGUCGGAGACUACAUCCUGACUCCGGAAAUGUGCGUGGAGCGCAAGAGCAUCAGUGACCUGAUUGGCUCUUUGAACAACGGCCGCCUCUACAGCCAGUGCAUCUCCAUGUCCCGCUACUACAAGCGGCCGGUGCUUCUGAUCGAGUUCGACCCCACUAAGCCUUUCUCUCUCAUGUCCCGCGGCGCCUUCUAUCAGGAGAUCUCCGGCAACGAUGUCAGCUCCAAGCUCACCCUCCUCACGCUGCACUUCCCCCGGCUCCGGAUCCUCUGGAGCCCCUCCCCGCACGCCACUGCCGAGCUGUUUGAGGAGCUGAAGCAGAACAAGCCGCAGCCAGACGCCACCACCGCCAUGGCUGUGACCGCCGAUUCCGAGACUCUCCCCGAGGCAGAGAAGUAUAACCCAGGUCCCCAGGACUUCUUGUUAAAAAUGCCAGGGAUAAACGCCAAGAACUGCCACUCGUUGAUGAACCACGUCAAGAACAUCGCGGAAUUAGCAAGCCUGUCCUUCGACAAGCUGGCGAGCAUGCUGGGGAACACGGCCAGCGCGCGGCAGCUCUAUGACUUCAUUCACACUUCCUAUGCAGAGGUCCUGUCCAGAGGGAAGAUGAAAAAAUGAGCAGUGCUGCCUAUUUUCUUACCCCCUGACUGUGCUUCUGAGCUGCUCUUGGCCUGCCCUCACAGAUCUUUAUUAUUAGCCCAGUAGCUCAUUCUCUUGGGAUUCCCAGGGGGUCAGUGGUAAAGAACCUGCCUGUCAGUGCAGGAGACGCAGGUUCCAUCCCCGGGUUGGAAAGAUCCCCUGGAGAAGGAAAUGGCACUCCACUCCAGUAUUCAUGCCCGGGAAAUCCCAUGGACAGAGGAGCCUGGUGAGCUACAGUCCAUGGGGCCACAAAAGAGUCAGACACGACUCAGCAGCCAAACAACAAAGCUCAUUCUCUUCAAUCUUUGAACAGUCGUGCUGUUUCCUGGGUCAGGGGACCAGAGGCCAAGGCUGGGCUCUGAGCUUUGUGUUUAGGCAUCAUUUUCACUCUGCACCAUCCGUGCCAGGUCUAGUACUUUCCAUCUUUACAUGAGGUGUUGUCAGGAUCAAGGAAGGUGUCUGCAGGCGCUUAUAGAAGGCUGUUUAUGAAACAAGCAGAAACUUCAGUUUACUCCCGAGACUAAUGAAAUGCACAGUUGCAUUCUUACCCUCUGUCUGAGAGGGACCUCUGGGACUCUGAGAAGGGAGCAUCUCUGCCCCCCCCUCACCAGUGCUCUCCACGCUCUCCUCAGCUGCGAGCUUCUCCUAGCUGCCCGCCUCGAGGAUAAGCUCACGGGACUUGCUACUGCUAAUCGAAGAAAGACCGCCACCUCUAGAACAGGCCAGUUGGUGUUCUGACCGCCUGAAGACGUAGCAUGUACUAUAACCAUACCUGGUUUGUUCAAAACCAGUAUUUUUAAGACAUAGAAUGAAUUACCUAUUUACAGAACUGGAUUGUCUAGAAGGAACCCUAAAAAUUCUGUUUCUACAGAUAUUUAACCUCCUGAGUCCAGCGAUCUCUAAGACCAAAUGGCUACUCCAGGAGUCUGUUAGAUGCCCUCCUUCCCAGUGUCUCCUCACCUGGGACCCCCCCAGCACAGGUCCUCUCCCAGGCCCCUUGCCCCCCACUUUCCUGGGCCAGACUGGCCUCCUGCGUCUCUAUGUGAGGACUGGAUGCAAGCAAAGGAGGGACCCACAGUUUUUAAGAUUCAAUUUUCCUUCCUUGAUUUGAACUACAAGUGUUGCAAGGAAAUGGAAGAUCAAUGCAUAGAAUAUAUAAAAAUCUUAAAGAAAUACAUAUUUUAAAAAUCCAUAAGGAAAACAAUCUCAUUCCAAACCUUCUUGUGAUUGACUUUACUUAGCUUCUUACAGAAGUAUACAUACAGGACUUUCACAGCAUCUUUGUGCAGUUUUUAAACUUUGAUAUUGAACCAUUAUUAACUUAGAUACUAUUCACAUACUUAGUGAGGAGUCGAUCUUCUACCUCAAGAGCUGCUGUUCCAGAGCAUAAGUUCGCUGGCCGCAUCACAUAGGGUCAUGUUCUGUCAGCAUCAGCUGUGUUUUUGUUUGUCACAGUGUCUGAACUCAGAGUAGACAGGGGACUGUGUGGCAUGAAAUGGUCUUCAUCUUCACCACAGUCUUUCAGGUGCCAUCGCUCAGCCGAAUCUGUUGUCUUGACAUCUUGGUUUCUUGGUAUGUUGACAUAAAGUGUGUGGAUUUUGAACUCUUUGCAACGGUACCACAAGAAUGAAUGAAGGGGUACCGAAUUGUUACCAUCAGACUCUGUAGAGUGACUUGGAGAAGAGAGAAGAGGACAAGAAACAGAGAUUAGUUUAUGGUAGAAUAAAGAUUUGGGAUACUCUGUCCCAGGGUUAAAAAUACACCCUUGAGAAUAGAAAGCAAAAUGUCAGGCACAUAUGUUAACUCUCACUUUCCUCUGCAUUUCUUUCUUUAAGCACUCAGUCACAGUCAUGCAUUUUAAGUACAUUAAAAUAGAUACCACCUCAGAUAGGAAUGGUUAUUAUCAUUUUCCUUCACUCCAUCCUAGCAAUUCUGCUUGAGAAAUGUAAUUUCUAUUUUUUACCCCGAGUAUAAUUCCACCUGCCUUUUAUUGUUCUUUCAUUACAUAAAAGGAAAAUCCUAACAGCACAUUUUUUGAGAAGGGUUUCACUCCAAGUUUUCAAAAAUAAGCUCUCUUAAAGCUACUGUUUUAAAUAGUCCUCGUUACUUGCUACAACAUAGAAAGAUGGUUGUAUUUAGUUGGUUGUAUUUGCAGAGCCGACGUCCUCUGGCUCCCAAAGACUUACUUGCUGUUGUACCUACUAGGAGGAGGGUAUGGCAUCCCAUUCCAGUAUUCUUGACUGGAGAAUCCCGUGGAAAGAGGAGCCUGGCAAGCUGCAGUCCAUAGGGUUGCACAGAGUUGGAUGUAACUGCAGCGAUUUAGCAUGCACAAUGCAUAUACCUACUGGACAUCUUAAGAGGGGGCACUGGCUCCAAUGUGUUUAAAUUAUGAAUGAUGGUUUCUCAUGAACUCUAAAAUGGUCAUUAUAAUUGAAACGCUCUUAUUGCCACUUCCUCUUCCAACUAAAUAAAUAUAUCUUAGUGUCUCCAGUUCUGAAAACCCUUCAAUAUAACCAUCACGUAUUUACUUUACAUCAACUUUUACAAAUUUUUGUAGCCUAAGAAUCUGGCAAAGAACUAGAAAUGCAUGCAGUUGAAAAAUCUUUAUCACUUUGUUUUCUAGCAGCGUUUUAUUAGCUUUGCCCUUUUUUUUUUUUUCCAAAAUCACAAAUACCCAAUUAUAAACUUACGCUUAGCUUUUUUAAAACCUUUUUUUAAGAACUCGAGACCAGCAUUAUUCUAGUUUACAAGUUUUUUGCACAAAACUUUCGGUACAUGAAAUAUUGUGAGAAAUGGUUUUCAGUUUUGUUUAAAUCACAGUGCCUCUCUUGAUACUUUCUCAAAAUUAUAUAUAAGAAAUCAUUUUUAAUAGUGGCCAUAAAUAAUAUCCUUUUGGCAAUCAGUUACUGUUUCUUUAAUCUGAGGCUUAGUAUAUCUAUGUCUGCGUAUGUUUGGGUACAUCCAGAUCGUAGUUUCCCAGCUCAUGAGAGGACUGAAAAUAAUUAUCUCAUUUAUCAACCCUCUGAGACGCAGAAGGUUAAGACUAGGUUUGGUCGUGUUGAGAAAACAAGAGUAUGGAGUUAAUAAAUGGCCUCCAGCAGGAAAACCUACACUGAAGUGAAUGGGGGGGAGGGGGGAGACAGGCAUUAUUAGUCUUUGCUUUUGUUUUUCAAGCAUAAUUUGAUUUUCUUCUGGCUCAGAAAACUUCUUUAGGGAAAUUCCCUUCUCUUUUGUGUUCAGUUGAACCUAGGAAUGUCCCCUUAAGAACCAACAUUUUAGGAAAAUUCUUUUCUCAGGCUUGAGCCUGUUAAAAUUUACCCAGGCUUCAACAUGAGUUGUCACUUUUCUUCAUUAUUUUGCUUUCUAUUUUGGUUUAUAGCUAUUUCCUGUCUGAUUCUGAGCUUCAGUACUUAAUCUGCCAUCUUUAUCCAUAGGUUUUUGGUGGCCUACACCCGUGUGUGUUUGUUUUUGGUUUUUUUUUGAUUCAAGGUUAUAUAAGCCAAAAUUGGGAUGGGAGGUAUACCUAACCAUUUAUAUCAAUUUGUGACAGAGUUGUUUGUGUAUGUUUUAAUAAAAUGUGUAUUUAUUCAGUAUUUUCCUCAACAUUCUGUGGGCAAAAUAAAAGCAACCAAGUGGAGUGACGGAAAGGAAUACAUUCCCAGUACAUGAUAGUUACCAAUGUGUUGGUACAUUUAAUUUAAAAUUAUAGAGAAUAUUUAAUUAGUUUUUCAUACAGAGUAAGUGAUUAAAGCUGAAAUGCGCUUUGAACCACUGCUUUGGCAUGUGACUUGCUUGGUUAGCCCACUUUCUAAGGCUCCAGUGUAUUUUUCUUCUGGUUAUUUUCCUUUGCUGCUUUUCAUUUUGUAGUAUGUGUCCUUAGGAGGAGGAAAAAAUGAUCCUUCUGAAAAUACUCGUUUGUUGACAAUUGAAUGAAUGUGUUGCAAGCACAGUGCCUGAGACACCUCAACUCAACAAAGAUUAAUUCUUGCCACCCGUGACUCAUACAUUUUUGUCCCUUUAACAUCAAAGCUGAAAGAAGUAAAUUAUUCUUUUGAAACAA